AUGGCUGCCGCUAUAAAGGCAAUCAACGCGAAGAUUCGCUCAAAUAAAGUUUCAGACUACUUCUGUUCAACGCAUUUCUGGGGCCCCGCCUCGAAUUUUGGCCUUCCUGUGGCCGCCGUGAUGGAUACACAAAAAGACCCAGAAAUAAUCUCGGGGCGAAUGACGAGCGCGUUUGUUGUCUGUUCUGCCUUGUUGAUGCGAUAUUCUCUCGCUGUGUCGCCAAAAAAUUAUUUGCUAUUUGCAAUGCAUUCAGUAAAUCUUGGCGCACAGUCAUUCCAGGGCUGGAGGUUUAUAAAUUAUUGGUAG